AUGGGAAAUUCUCUCUCUUUUGGCGGGCUCGAUAUAAGUUCGUGUGUCAGAUUAGGCAGAGGAAGAAACAACAGAUUUUUCAAGGUAGAGAGACCGGAUAGCACUGGAUCUCCUCUGUUGAAUCUGGUUCCAAUUGGAACUCUGCCUACAGCAGCUGCGCCACCACCAGUCGUGGCUGAAGCUGAGCCAGCGGCUGCAGUCAAGAGGAUUAAAGUGGUCAUUACAAAGCAUCAGCUUCAGGAGUUACUAUCAAAGAAAAUAUCAGUUGAAGCAGUUAUCCUAGGAAUGGAUAGAUCGUGUAAUUCAGUUGAUUCUCAGACAAGUUGGAAGCCUAUUCUUAAAUCCAUUCCUGAAGAAAAUGAGUUGUGCUAG